AUGGUGCUCCACGAGUCUGCGACGCCCAUGGGGCCCCCGUCAACAGCCCUCAAGGAACAGUCGCAAAAGCGCCAGCGCAAUUCAUCCCCGGUCACCCCGUCCAAGCGACGACGAGUUCAACUUCUCCCAUCCACCGGAUCCCAGAGAACUCCGGCAUCCUCCCCAAUAUCUGUCACUGCCACUCCUUCGAGUACCCCGCGCACCAGAGCUCAACUGGAUCGGUAUUAUGAAGAUGUGAGGAGGGACGCAAGUCGGAUCCUCGCUGUGAAACAUCGGCUUGGUGUUUUGCGCCCGGAAGUAAACGCAGAUCCACAGAGUUCACCAGAGGCAGGGACCGCCUCGAGAUCCACACCAAUGACAACGAGAAAGGCCGUCGAGCUGCUAGAACGGAUCUUGAAGGAUAAUCAGCUGAUCGAACACAUUGAAGGGGAGCGCAAGGUUCUCGACCCCAACAAGCGCGGUCCCAAACGCAAGGAUUGUGUCGUCAAACACUCUUCGAUCAAGGAAGAAACAAGGCGUGGGAAACUCAGGAAGGAUAUUAGAAACGCUCGGAAAAGAAUUGGGUACACUUGGUCUAUACUUAAAGCCGCCGAGAUUGUCGCUGAACCCGAGGUGCGCCCCAUGACCAAUGCAAGGGCAGCCGAAGACACUAUGUUCUCAUCUCCUGUCGCGUUGGUGAAUGUCAGAGACGAGGGUGAAGAGGAUCCCGGUGAAUUGGCCGAUGUAUCAGAUGGUGAGCCUACGCUCCCUACAGGCAAGACUAUUGCUCGGUCCGUCAUGUCGCCUUCAGUUCCUCCCGAACACACCAUGGAAGAAGAGGACAGAAGCAGUGGAGGUAAAGAUGCAGUCAAGAAGGAGAGUAACCUCGAGAAUGGCAAAGCGGAUACAAACACCCACGAAGAGAAUGGGCUUGUGGAGACACAGGCGGUGCCAGAAAACCGGUCACUUUCAAAGUCGGUCCACAACCAUCUCAUCCUCUCCGCUGCGCUAAUGCCUAGUCACAGGGCUACUCGCGCCCCUCGCCGGUCGAUCUACACGCCAGAUUCAGGUGGUGAUGAAGACCAGCCUGACCAGAAGCGUCAAGAACAGACCAGGACACAUACUGCCCAGGAGGAUACCACUCCCAGUUCCAGAGGACCAGCCGGUCAAAUGUUGGAAAAGGCGACGAACCACUUCAACACCACCAACCUGAAUAACUUGGAGAUCCAAGGAAAACCCGCCUCCCGACAGUCAGUGGCGCCCUCCCUCCUAUCCCCAGUCAUAUUUGUUAAUCGUGAUGUCUUCUCCAGCUCCGAGGAUGACAUUUCCGACAGCUCAGAAGAUGGGGACAGCUCAGGAGAUGACGGAAAUAGCGACGUGGAUGUCAAGUUAGACACGGAUGAUGAGAGCAGUGAAGACGAUGACGAUGAUGAGAGUCAGAGCAGCGAUGUGGAAGUCAAAAAAAAAAUGGAUGACAAUGAUGAUGAUGACGGUGGGAAUGACGAGGACGAGGACGAGGAUGAGGACGAGGAUGAGGACGAGGAUGAGGACGAGGAUGAGGAUGAGGACGAGGAUGAAAACGAGGAUGAGGAUGAGGAUGAGGAUGAGGACGGGAACGAGGCUGAACACGGCGACGUUAAAAUCAGGCUGAUCAGUGACGACACGCCAGAUGGGGAAGACAAGAAGUAUGAAGUCACUGAGGACAUGGAAGAGCAAACAAGACAAAGCAACGAAAGCCAACACGCCAUUCAACCGGACCAUCCUGAAGGUCCCACAUCUUCUCGGCCCAGCACUGGCUUGUUUGAGCGCAUGAACGGCAUUCAAACAUCCGGCUCCUUCGAAGCCAUGAUGGCCGGAUUGGAGGCAGGCGGCAGCCGAAAGAGAGAGGCAGGCGGCUCUGCAGGGGCAGGCAAUCGACUCUGA